GCGGCGGGGGCAGGGGGCUGGGGGGACGCUAGCCCCGCCCCCUGCUGCUGCCAGUCCUGCGCCGGGCGGCGGCAGCGACGGAGCCGGGAACAUGGCGGCCGCGGCACGCAGCUUCGGGCCCGAGCGGGAGGCCGAGCCGGCUAAAGAGGCUCGCGUAGUGGGCUCCGAGCUCGUGGACACGUACACGGUUUAUAUCAUCCAAGUCACAGAUGGCAACCAUGAAUGGACAGUCAAACACCGCUACAGUGACUUCCAUGACUUGCAUGAAAAGCUUGUUGCAGAGAGAAAAAUUGAUAAAAAUCUACUUCCACCCAAAAAAAUUAUUGGCAAAAACUCAAGAAGCUUGGUGGAGAAGAGGGAGAAGGAUCUGGAAGUGUACCUCCAAACACUUCUGGCUGCCUUCCCUGGCGUGGCCCCCAGAGUGCUGGCCCAGUUCCUGCAUUUUCAGUUCUAUGAAAUAAAUGGUAUCACUGCAGCACUGGCUGAAGAACUCUUUGAAAAAGGAGAACAGCUCUUGGGGGCUGGUGAGGUCUUUGCCAUCAGACCCCUUCAACUGUAUGCAGUCACCCAGCAGCUGCUACAAGGAAAGCCCACAUGUGCCAGUGGGGAUGCCAAGACUGACCUUGGGCAUAUUCUGGACUUCACCUGUCGCCUUAAGUACCUUAAGGUUUCUGGCACAGAAGGACCUUUUGGGACUAGCAACAUUCAGGAGCAGCUCCUGCCGUUUGAUCUGUCAAUAUUCAAGUCUCUUCACCAGGUAGAGAUAAGUCACUGUGAUGCCAAGCACAUCCAAGGGCUGGUUACUUCGAAGCCUACCUUAGCCACGAUGAGUGUCCGCUUCUCAGCAACCUCCAUGAAGGAAGUCCUUGUUCCUGAAGCCUCAGAAUUUGAUGAGUGGGAGCCCGAAGGCACAGCCCUGGAAGGCCCUGUGACUGCUGUCAUCCCCACUUGGCAAGCAUUGACUGCUCUUGACCUGAGCCACAAUAACAUCUCCGAGAUCGACGAGUCUGUGAAACUGAUCCCAAAGAUUGAGUUCUUGGACCUGAGUCACAAUGGUGUGCUGAUUGUGGAUAACCUACAGCACCUGUACAACCUCGUGCACCUGGACCUGUCCUACAACAAGCUCUCCUCCUUGGAAGGCGUCCACACCAAACUGGGUAACAUCAAGACCUUGAACCUGGCGGGCAACCUCCUAAAGAGCCUGAGUGGCCUGCAUAAGCUCUACUCCCUCCUUAACUUGGACCUCAGUGACAACAGAAUUGAACAGAUGGAGGAAGUCAGGAGCAUUGGAAGCCUCCCGUGUCUGGAGCACGUAGCCCUGCUGAACAACCCUCUCAGCAUCAUCCCUGACUACCGGACCAAGGUGCUCGCUCAGUUCGGAGAGCGGGCCUCUGAGGUAUGUCUGGAUAACACAGCAACUACAGAGAAAGAGCUGGACACUGUGGAAGUGCUCAAAGCAAUUCAGAAAGCCAAAGACGUCAAGUCCAAACUGAGCAACCCAGAGAAGAAGGUUGGCGAGGAUUCUCGGCUCCCAGCUGCCCCCUGCACCAGACCCAGUGGCUCCCCUCCCACCACGGCUCCCACCUCUGCCUCCCUGCCCCAGCCUAUCCUCUCCAACCAAGGAAUCAUGUUUGUGCAGGAGGAGGCCUUGGCCAGCAGCCUCUCAUCUACAGACAGUCUGACUCCUGAGGAACGGCCCAUUGCCCAGGGCUGCUCUGACUCCUUGGAGUCCAUCCCUACAGGACAGGCAGCUUCUGAUGACUUAAGGGAUAUGCCAGGAGCUGUUGGUGGUGCAAGCCCAGAGCAUGUGGAGCCGGAAGUACAGGUGGUGCCUGGGUCUGGCCAGAUCAUCUUCCUGCCCUUCACCUGCAUUGGCUACACAGCUACCAACCAGGACUUCAUCCAGCGCCUGAGCACACUGAUCCGCCAGGCCAUUGAGCGGCAACUGCCUGCCUGGAUUGAGGCUGCCAACCAGCGGGAAGAGGGCCAGGGGGAGGAGGAGGAAGAGGAGGAGGAUGAGGAGGAGGAUGAAGAUGUUGCUGAGAACCGCUACUUUGAGAUGGGACCCCCAGACACAGAGGAAGAGGAGGGUGGUAUCCAGGGGGAGGAAGAGGAAGAGGAGGAGGAAGAGGAGGAUGAGGAGGCUGAGGAGGAGCGCCUGGCACUGGAGUGGGCUCUGGGCGCAGAUGAGGAUUUCCUGCUGGAGCAUAUCCGCAUCCUCAAGGUGCUGUGGUGCUUCCUGAUCCACGUGCAGGGCAGCAUCCGCCAGUUCGCUGCCUGCCUUGUGCUUACAGACUUUGGCAUCGCUGUCUUUGAGAUUCCUCACCAGGAGUCAAGAGGCAGCAGCCAGCACAUCCUGUCCUCCCUGCGUUUCGUCUUCUGCUUCCCACAUGGCGACCUCACGGAAUUUGGCUUCCUCAUGCCGGAACUGUGUCUGGUGCUCAAGGUGCGGCACAGUGAGAACACACUCUUCAUCAUCUCUGAUGCUGCCAACCUGCACGAGUUCCACGCCGAUCUGCGCUCCUGCUUCGCCCCGCAGCACAUGGCCAUGCUGUGCAGCCCUAUCCUCUAUGGCAGCCACACAAGUCUGCAGGAGUUCCUGCGCCAGCUGCUUACCUUCUACAAGGUGGCCGGUGGCUGCCAAGAGCGCAGCCAAGGCUGCUUUCCCGUCUACCUGGUCUACAGUGACAAGCGCAUGGUCCAGACAGCUGCGGGGGACUACUCGGGCAACAUUGAGUGGGCCAGCUGCACACUCUGCUCCGCAGUGCGGCGCUCGUGCUGCGCACCCUCUGAGGCCGUCAAGUCUGCCGCCAUUCCCUACUGGCUGCUCCUCACACCCCAGCACCUCAACGUCAUCAAGGCCGACUUCAAUCCCAUGCCCAACCGUGGCACCCACAACUGCCGCAACCGCAAUAGCUUUAAGCUUAGCCGUGUGCCCCUCUCUACCGUGCUGCUGGACCCCACACGCAGCUGCACCCAGCCUCGAGGUGCCUUCGCUGACGGCCAUGUGCUCGAGCUGCUUGUCGGCUACCGCUUUGUCACUGCCAUCUUCGUGCUGCCCCAUGAGAAGUUCCACUUCCUGCGCAUCUACAACCAGCUGCGGGCCUCACUGCAGGACCUGAAGACUGUGGUCAUUGCCAAGACCCCUGCAGCUGGAGCCAGGCCCCAGAACCCCCUCGUGGAUGGCCAGCCAGCUGAGGGCAGGGCCAGAUACAGCAAUGACCAGGGUCCCCCGGAGGUUGCAGCCGAGGCUCUGGCUCCAGCUCCAGCUCCCGCUCCUGCUCCAGUGGCAGUCCAGAUACCCAGCUCAGCUGCCACAGCUCCAAGCCCAUCAAAGACAUCAGCUGUAGCAGAGACCCUGGCUCCAGCUCCAGCCCCAGCUCCACCUACAGUGGAAGCCCCAGCUCCAGCCUCAGCAGAGGCCCCAGCUCCAGCUUUGGUCACAGAAGAGGCCUCAGUAGAGACCCCCAUGGAGUCCCCAGCAGAGGCCCCAGUGCAAGCUGAGGCCCCUGCCCAAUACCCAAGUGAGCACCUGAUCCAGUCCACCUCAGAGGAGAAUCAGAUCCCCUCACACUUGCCAGUCUGCCCGUCACUGCAGCAUAUCGCCGGCCUACAGGGAAGCGCUGUCAUCGAGCUCUUCCACAGCAGCAUUGCCGAGGUUGAAAAUGAGGAACUGAGGCACCUCCUGUGGUCAUCAGUGGUGUUCUAUCAGACCCCGGGACUGGAGGUGACUGCCUGCGUGCUGCUCUCCACCAAGGCCGUGUACUUUGUGCUGCAUGACGGCCUCCGCCGCUACUUCUCUGAGCCACUUCAGGAUUUCUGGCAUCAGAAAAAUACUGACUACAACAACAGCCCUUUCCACAUCUCCCAGUGCUUUGUACUCAAACUCAGUGACCUGCAGUCAGUCAACGUUGGCCUUUUUGACCAGCACUUCCGACUUACAGGCCCCUCCCCGACGCAGGUGGUCACAUGCUUGACACGGGACAGCUACCUGACACACUGCUUCCUCCAGCACCUCAUGCUUGUGCUCUCCUCUCUGGAGCGCACACCCUCACCUGAGCCUGUUGACAAAGACUUCUACUCAGAGUUUGGGAACAAGAGCACAGGGAAGAUGGAGAACUAUGAGCUGAUCCAUUCAAGCCGUGUCAAGUUCACCUACCCCAGUGAGGAGGAGGUUGGGGACCUGACAUACAUUGUGGCACAGAAGAUGGCUGACCCAGAAAAUGCCCCAACCCUCAGCAUCCUCUUGUAUGUGCAGGCCUUCCAGGUAGGCCCACCACCACCUGGGCGCUGCAGGAGCCCGCUGCGCCCCAAGACACUCCUGCUCACCAGUGCCGAGAUUUUUCUUUUAGAUGAGGACUAUGUCCAUUACCCACUGCCUGAGUUUGCCAAAGAGCCACCGCAGAGAGACAGGUACCGGCUGGAUGAUGGCCGCCGUGUCCGGGACCUGGACCGUGUGCUCAUGGGCUAUCAGCCCUACCCACAGGCCCUCACGCUUGUCUUUGAUGAUGUGCAGGGCCAUGAUCUCAUGGGCAAUGUCACCCUGGACCACUUUGGGGAGGUGGCAGGUGGCCUUGCGAGGGGCAGCCAGGGCCGUGAGGUCCAGUGGCAGGUGUUUGUCCCUAGUGCUGAGAGCCGAGAAAAGCUCAUCUCACUCUUGGCUCGCCAGUGGGAGACCCUGUGUGGCCGAGAGCUGCCUGUUGAGCUUACUGGCUAGUUCAAGCCGCCUGCCUGCUGCCUGCCUUGUCUGGCCUGGUGCCUGUUUAGAACCAGGAAGCAGGCUUUCUUUGUUCUCUUGAAAAUGUUUUCUUCCCUGCCCUUGGUACCUUAAUUUGAUUGUCCCUGCAGAGAAUGUGAACAUGUGUAUUCAGUUAACUCUUUCUAUUGCUGGAUGGUGAGAACACGAUCCCCCUUCGGGGCAUCCAUGUCAGCCUCACGGGGUGUGUUGCCGGCCCCUGGAGUGGCAAGGCCAGGCACACCGGCAUCCUGUAUGUUGUGGUGCUGUUAACAUGGACACAGUGGACCUGACCAUCUCUACACUACACGUCCUUCUUGAAGUGUCAAGUCCUGUCCUGUGUUGCUGUUGCUGUCAUUGUGGGCAUUUUGCUAAUUAUGAAGCUCCUGCCCCUUGCGUCUUUCCAAAGUGGAGGUCUUUCAUGGUCCAGAAAAAUGGGGAACUCCCUGUAGGGAGUCUACCCAAGCCUUGGAGCUACAAGGGGUGGGGGCAAGGGACCUAGAGCUGUCAGCACCUAGAUCUGUCAACACCAAGUCUGUUUCCUGUUGCAUAUUUUCUCUAUUCCAAUAAAGCAGUUUGACACAGUCUG